UAGUUACCAAGUCAUAAAAUCCCAUAAAAAAAAGUUAAAAUUAUAGGUAGGUAAGUCAUUUUUGUAAGAAAACAAAAGGAAAGAAAACAGUUUACCUACAAAAUGAAUACUCAAAAAUGUGAACAAAAUAAGGAAGCGAAAGAAAAAACAUUUGUCGAAAAACAGGCUGAACGCAUGCAGAGACUGCGUAACUUACACACCGCCCGAAACGAAGCUAGGACACAAAAUCACCAAGAAGUCGUAGCAGAAGAGGCUAGGAACAAGCUACCAACGAACUAUGAAGCUAAACGGCGCCAGGCAGAGUGGUUAGUAGAGGAUCAGAAGAAACGAGAAGAAGCAGAAACAGAAGGCAAAAACUACGAUCGAGUCAAAUUGUUGAAUAUUUCUGCGAUAGAAGCAGAGCGACUCGAACGUAAAAAAAAGAAAAAGAACCCAGACCAAGGGUUCUCGACGUAUGAACAUGCCACAAUACGACAAUACAACAGGUUAGUGAAAAACAUGCCACCAGCGGAUAUGGAACGGUAUGAGAAACAAAAGCAAAAGUAUGGUGAAGCAUUCUAUGGAGGCCCCAACGUCAUCAUACAUGGAAUGCACGAAGAUCAUAAAGAGGCAGUAGACAAAAUGGUUGAUGAUCUGGAAGGUCAGAUUGCAAAGAGAACUAAAUACUCGAGGAGACGAAUUCAUAAUGAUGAUGCUGAUAUUGAUUAUAUCAAUGAGAGAAAUGCUAAAUUCAAUAAGAAAUUGGAAAGGUUUUAUGGAGAGCAUACUGCUGAAAUAAAACAAAAUUUGGAGAGGGGCACUGCCAUUUAGCUUAAAACCACCAGAAUAUUUACUAAAUGUAUAUUGGUAUUUUAGAUUGUAGAUAUAUGCAAUAAUGCAAUUCUAACUUGUUGAAGAAAAAAAAUGAAAUAAUAUUUUUUUAUAAAACUGCUUUGAUAAUGAAAGUUAGAAUAUCAGAACCAAUUUACAUAAAUGAAUGCUACUACUUCUCAUAGCAUACACCAAUCAUAGUUUUAAACAUUUAUUUUUAUAGAAAAUAACACCCUAGGGCAUAGCUACCAUAGAGGUAAUUGUGUAUUUUUUAUUUUUUGAGAAAUGUCAAAUAGUUUUUUCCUUACUUAUUCACUGAUACCCUAAGGGGCUAUUCCAACUUCAUAGGGAUUGAUAGGUAAGCUCACAUGCUCAACCAGAGGAGAUGGCAACACAUGGUGUCUAUCGUGACUCCUGGACCUGACUUAUUGGCAGUCAUAGAGUGUCCGUAGUGACCCACUAAGCGAAACAUGGUUACUAGUCUGGCGAUCAACAUGUUAAGGAAUAGCAACAUCUUCUAAAUUUGAAAAGGCACUAAUUUUAAGUAAAACAUCAAAUUAAACAAAUUUUCAUAACAAUUUUAUUGUGAUAAAUGUAUGUAAUUAUUAAAUAAAAAUAUUACAUAUCAAAUAGUAUUACAUUUAUAUUACAAUUCUGUAAAAGCACUAUUAUUAGCAAUAUUCCUUGUUUCGCCUGAACAACAUUACAGUUGCCACAAUACCUAAAAAACCCAUACAAAUUGAGUACAAUUCUGAGCAAGAACAUUGUAUCUUAAAAAGAAAUAUUACAUUUUAUGUAAACUAUUCAAUUUUGUAAUAGAAACAUUUUAGAUUAGAUUCAUUGUAAAUAAAACAGGAAUAUCAAAAUGUACUAUAAGUUCAGCGUAUUGUUUCAAUGUGCAAGACAAUUACAAUAUAUUUUAAUAAAAAAAUGA